GCAGAAGGAAGGAAUUUUAAAGUAAAAUAUGAGUACUACAGACAAACGUGAGAAAGAUAUCUUCAAUUUGGAAGGUGAAGUGAAAUCAAGUGCUGAAUUACUUAGGAGAUUUCAAAUUAAGCGUGAAAAGGUAUUGGGUAAUACUAAACAAAGCAAAGGAGUUAUGACUAAGGUCCAAGGAACUAAUAUCAAGAAAAACAAGCCACCAACUACUGCAGCAGUUACAUCAAAACCUAAAGGGUUUGAUAACCAAAUCAGAGGGCGCAAUCAAGGUACUUUUAGCAUUGCAAACCAUUCAACAAGUGAUCAAGGAGAAGGAAAGAAUGUAAGUGAAAAAAAGUUUCAAAAAGAGACAGCCAACGUGCAAGGCAAGAAAACACAAAUUAAACAUCCAAUGAAGUUAUCAAUAGAGGUAGCCAACAUGCAAAGCAAGAAAACACAAAUUCAAGUUCCAAAGAAGUUACCAAUAGAGGCAACCAACAUACAAGGCAAGAAAACUCAAGUUCAAGUUCCAAAGAAAUUUCCAAUAGAGGUAACCAACAAAAGGAAACUAGUUGAAUAUGCUGGGUCACAUGGAAGGCAGCCCAUAGAAAGGGCAAUGGCUGAAUGUAAUGAGAGGCAAGAAAAUGAGCCCAUAAGAAAGUCAGUGGCUGAACAUAGUGGAUCACAUGGAAGACAGUCUGUGAAAAUGGUACUAGCUGAAAAUAAUGACUCACGUGAAAAUCUCCAAAACCCUCAAAAAAAGACAAGAAAAGUCUCGAUGUGUCCAGCUAUGUUAAUUGAUCAGUUCCUUCAAGAAAAUGUGGAGUUUGGUCCAGAAGAGGAGGAGCAAGAUGCAAGUGAAAAUGAAGAACUCAUGGAAAAAAAUGGUCAUGAAGAAGAAAAUGCACUACAAGACGAAAGUAGUACAUGUAAGAAAAAAACAAGAGGGCCAACACGAUGUUUGAAAAUACAUGCAAGAUCAUUCGAAGAACGUCAAGAAGUUACCUUAGAUGAUGAUGGAGAACCAAUUGGACCCAAAGACAAAGUAGUAUCCGACUUGAGUUAUUUCUUAGGCACUGUGGCAAGGAAUCCAAACUUUUGCCCUUUAAUUUAUACAAACUUCAAAGGCUUGACCAUGGAUGAAAGAGAACAAAUAUGGGAUUUUGUUAAUGAAAAAUUCAUUAUUCCCGAGAAAGGAAAAAAAGCAAUAUUUGCUCGCAUAAAUGAUGCUUGGAGACGCUACAAGAACUACAUCAAGAGGAACUAUUUUUUGAAAUACUCAACUUUGACAGAAAGGCUGAAACAUCGUCCAAAGCAUAUACCUGAAAAUCAGUAUAAACACUUGAUGGUUUAUUGGAGAAACAGUAUUGUCCAAAAUAUAAGCCAGAAAAAUGCUAUCAAUAGGGCAAAGCAGAAAUACAUUCACCGCAUGGGUCCUACAAACUUUGCAAGGAUUCGUGCAAAAUUGCAAGAAAAGAAGAAUGGAGAGGAUGUUUCUCAAGCUGAAAUGUUCAUUGAGACUCGUCAGAGUCGAAAAGGAAAAGAGGUGGAUAAAGAUACUCAAAUUGUGAUUACAAAACUUCAAGAAUCAAUCCAAUCCUCAAGUAGUGAAUCUGCUGAACAAGCUUUUCAAUCAAUCUUUGGCAAAGAAAAACCCGGUAGAGUUCGAUGUCUGGGAAGAACGAUCACACCAAGUAUGUUAAAGAAAAAUGAAGAAAUUGUUGCUUUAAAGAAACAACAUUCUGUUGAGAUAGGUUCAAUGGCUAAGACAGUUCAAAGAUUACAAUGUCUUGUAAGAUGCUUGCUAAAGGAAAUCAAUCCAGAAUUGAAUGACCAAGCUUUGGAUAAUAUAAUGGAGAAUGGUAUAAGCAAUGACAAUAGUGUAGCACCUCCUUCUUCUGCCUCAACCCAUAGUCCUGGUCAUGGUAAGGAAAGACUUGAUGAUGAAGAUCAACCUUAUGAUGAUGAAGAGACUGAAUGAUGUUACUUACAUGGAUGGAUGACUAGCUAUGCAUAAUAUUCCUAGAUGACACUUUAUUUUGAAAUUUAGAAAUUUUAUGUAAACUUUGACAUCUUUGGAUGAUUUUAUUUGGAGUUUUAUGCUUUUGAAUUGUCAUAUACUUGGAACUAAUUAAUGCAAGUGAAUUUUACAUGUGUUUG